CGGGGCCGCCGCGCGCACGAGACACGCUGACCAAGAUGGCGCCGGCCUGGGUCCUCACGUGCGCGCUGUUGGCCGCGGCGACCUGCAGCCAGGCGGAGCGGACCGGCCACGGGAGACUGUCAUGGCGACCGCUGCUGCAGGACGCGUGCCUUUGGCUCUGCGGCGAGGGACGCGAGUUGUGUCUUUGGUGCGCCGCGCUGCCUGCCAGUGGCGCGAACCACACACCAAGACAUCCUCACCGGCCAAGCGAGGACGCCUCGUCCAACGCGUCAUCUAAUUCCUCGCCUUCGCAGUCAACUGUAUGUGUGAAGACCACCACAACUCGCCCAGGUUCCACCCAACUUUGGGACACCACCGCACCAGCAUUUACUUCCUCAUUGGGCGCAGCACCGAUCACUUCCACCACUACUCCUCGUAGCACCUCAACCCUCCCAGGUGCCACCCAGCCUCAGGGAACCACCGCUCCAGCAUUUAUUUCCUCUUUGGACACAGCAAAGACUACUUCCACCACUACUCCUCCUAGCACCUCGACCCUCCCAGGUGCCACCCAGCCUCAGGGAACCACCGCUACAGCAUUUACUUUCUCUUUGGGCACAGCAUCGACUACUUCCACCACUACUCCUCCUAGCACCUCGACGCUCCCAGGUGCCACCCAGCCUCAGGGCACCACCGCUCCAGCAUUUAUUUCCUCUUUGGGCACAGCAUCCACUACUUCCACCACUACUCCUCCUAGCACCUCGAAGCUCCCAGGUGCCACCCAGCCUCAGGGAACCACCGCUCCAGCGUUUAUUUCCUCUUUGGGCACAGCAUCGACUACUUCCACCACUACUCCUCCUAGCACCUCGACGCUCCCAGGUGCCACCCAGCCUCAGGGAACCACCGCUCCAGCGUUUAUUUUCUCUUUGGGCACAGCAUCGACUACUUCCACCACUACUCCUCCUAGCACCUCGACGCUCCCAGGUGCCACCCAGCCUCAGGGCACCACCGCUCCAGCAUUUAUUUCCUCUUUGGGCACAGCAUCGACUACUUCCGCCACUACUUCUCCUAGCACCUCGACGCUCCCAGGUGCCACCCAGCCUCAGGGCACCACCGCUCCAGCAUUUACUUCCUCUUUGGGCACAGCAUCCACUACUUCCGCCACUACUCCUCCUAGCACCUCGACCCUCCCAGGUGCCACCCAGCCUCAGGGCACCACCGCUCCAGCAUUUACUUCCUCUUUGGGCACAGCAUUGACUACUUCCACCACUACUCCUCCUAGCACCUCGACCCUCCCAGGUGCCACCCAGCCUCAGGGCACCACCGCUCCAGCAUUUACUUCCUCUUUGGGCACAGCAUCCACUACUUCCACCACUACUCCUCCUAGCACCUCGACCCUCCCAGGUGCCACCCAGCCUCAGGGCACCACCGCUCCAGCAUUUACUUCCUCUUUGGGCACAGCAUCCACUACUUCCGCCACUACUCCUCCUAGCACCUCGACUCUCCCUGGUGCCACCCAGCCUCAGGGCACCACCGCUCCAGCAUUUACUUCCUCUUUGGGCACAGCAUCCACUACUUCCGCUACUACUCCUCCUAGCACCUCGACCCUCCCAGGUGCCACCCAGCCUCAGGGCACCACCGCUCCAGCAUUUACUUCCUCUUUGGGCACAGCAUCCACUACUUCCACCACUACUCCUCCUAGCACCUCGACCCUCCCAGGUGCCACCCAUCCUCAGGGCACCACCGCUCAAGCAUUUAUUUCCUCUUUGGGCACAGCAUCCACUACUUCCACCACUACUCCUACUAGCACCUCGACCCUCCCAGGUGCCACCCAGCCUCAGGGAACCACCGCUCCAGCAUUUACUUCCUCUUUGGGCACAGCAUCCACUACUUCCGCUACUACUCCUCCUAGCACCUCGACCCUCCCAGGUGCCACCCAGCCUCAGGGCACCACCGCUCCAGCAUUUACUUCCUCUUUGGGCACAGCAUCCACUACUUCCGCCACUACUCCUCCUAGCACCUCGACUCUCCCUGGUGCCACCCAGCCUCAGGGCACCACCGCUCCAGCAUUUACUUCCUCUUUGGGCACAGCAUCCACUACUACCGCCACUACUCCUCCUAGCACCUCGACCCUCCCAGGUGCCACCCAGCCUCAGGGCACCACCGCUCCCGCAUUUACUUCCUCUUUGGGCACAGCAUCUACUACUUCUACCACUACUCCUUCUACCACCUCGACUAUGACCACCACCGUCCAGUUUCCCACCAUGCCUGGACCCUGAAUGGUAUACUCGGAGACAUUAGUUAACUUAGUUUCAGUGUGUUGAUAACCUUCUUUGAAAUAUGUACAAUGGCAGCUCAUCAUGUAACAGUCACAAAUAAAACAUUAAUAUAAUUUCA